UCGGCCACUGAGCGGGCACAUCUCGUGGCCGGCCGGCGGACAGUCGUUCGCGAUGGCGCGCUGGGCUUGGUUGUCGGUGCUGGCGCUCUGUGUGAUGGGUGAGACGGUCGAGCAGAGCACGUGGACUCGCUCCCGAAGAGAACACAUACUCAGUCGGCACUACCAGCGGCUGGCCAGUCACAGGAGGAUGCACAGACCCAGCACUCCUGACAGGACUGAGAGUCGGUGGUCGCAGCGACCGAGCGUGCCCGAAACGGCAGACCGCCGGUGGUCGCCGAGAGUCAGUGAUUUCGAGACAUCUGAGCACCGGUGGUCGCAGCGACCCAGUGUUCCAGAGACGGUACAGGAACUGGAGAGCGAUUCUGAUUCGUCUGCACAGAUGCAGCAGCUGUGGGAGCAGCUGAUGCGCGGCACUCAGUCGGACCAGCCGCAGUCCAAGCUGCCCGCCUCGGCCCUCAAACAUCAGCUCGCCUCGCGGCCCGGGGUCAACCGGCUGCGCAAACUGGGACCGAAGCGGGCCUUUGCCGAGUUCAACAUGAUGGCUGACGACGCUUCCAGAGGAGCACGAGACAGAGACGAGAUGCUGACCAAAAUGAUGCUCGACGUAGCCAAGCACAGCUGUAGCAAGCCAGCGCUCGAGCUCGUCUCCGUGGCUCACGAGCACCCGAACCCGAGCGUCUCCUACGUGCCGUCCAGCGUGCUGCUAGCACGUUGCAGCGACCGCACCGGCUGCUGUGGCGACGAAGUCAGAAGCUGCGUCUCCAAGACUCAUGUCACUGUCGAACUUCCCGUCCUGGUGAAUGUUCUCUCAGGAAACACGGGCAGCUCUUUUCAGUAUUUGACUUUUAGAAACGACACCGAAUGCGAAUGCUUGGAUAAGAAGGAAGUGGCAGUGCGGACUGACGAAUGUCCCAUGAACCUGCAGGCCAGUGACGACAGUGAUACUCAAGGAGCUACACACAGAAAAAGGCACAGCAAACAACAGAACAGGAGCAGCAAAACAGAAAAAUCAACAGGAGCAACGUGCCAAUGCACAGGCGAGUUCGCUCCGCGCAUUCUGCCCAGGGGACGCUGCAAAUGCGACUGUUUCGUCGGCAACCGCAAGUGCAAACGGAUACAGCGCGGCAGAGUCCAUGUGUCAGAAUCCGAUAACAGGUGUAUCGUGCAAGGCGACUGCAAAGCGCCUGUAUGCCGCUACGGCAAAUACAAGCGCACCCGUAGUCGCUGUCCUCGCCGGAAAGGUGAAUUUCGACGAGACCGCUUCGUCGUCUGAAGCAGCCAAUACCAUCGCGACUGCAAGGUCAAGGUCAAUGCUGACCCAAUCAGAACUGAGCGUGUCACUGACGCGCGCGUGACGUCACAGUGAUGUCAUUCAUGACGUGAAAGUGCGUCACGAUACCACCGCCGGGAGAACAGCGGAGCGGGAGAGUUCCCCGCCAGUCCCGAGGGCAGAGUACGAUCUGCUGUAUAGUGAUCUGAGCUUGUUGGUGAUGCAGUGGAACCGGUGGAUGAACCCGCCAGGGACGGGGGAGGGAGGGUUACAUCUCUCCGUCUACCGUUAUUUGGCGAGACGUUUUGUGCUUUUGGAGGGCUCGGCACUGGCUGUGUGCCGUCGUUUUUCCAAGGGUUUCGCUUCGGUCUGACGUACUCGUAUUGUGUAGAUUGGUAGUUGACGUGUUGUGUGUAGAUCCAUGUUGCGUGAAGUGUAGAUGCGUACCGUUAAAAGAGCCAGCCGAAGGACGCAUGCUCUGCCGUUUGCGCAGUGCGCUACUCGAGUCUGCUGUUAUGUAUGUGUUUGUGUGUGUGUGCACGUGCGCUCGCGUGUGUAUAUUAUGUACGUGCAAAUAUGUGGAAUGCAUGCUUGUUUCGGAAACAGAAGCAGCUAAUAAAAAGUUUGAGGAGCGGCCACGCUUCAAGUUUUAGCGAAAACAACUGAUGGCUGCUUUGAUGAAAGCAUGUCUUCAGGCGGUGCCUGCGACCGCAUCGUACCGUUGCUGGGGUUACCAACGGUUUGAGUGCGCCAUGCGUUAUAUUGUAAUACAAUGCAGGUUGACCACGUCUUGUGCCGUUCUCAUAAACGUUUUAAUAUAUUUCCAGCGAUGCAGACC